AGCUGAACACAGAGGAGCGCAUUAUAAACCACCGCAUUCUCUUCUCUCAUUACACUGCAGGUGUUGGUGAGUGUGUGAAUAUUCAGCCAUGAACUGGAAUAAAGGCAGUCAGGCUGGUAAACGAGGUUUCGGUUUUGGCGGUUUUUCUCUCGCCGGAGGGAAGAAAGAAGAGCCCCGACUGCCUCAGCAAUCCCACAGCGCGUUUGGUGCGUCUGGAUCAGCCGGAGGUUAUGGCAAAAACCAGCAGCUUCCUUCAUUCUACAAGAUUGGAACCAAACGGGCCAACAUUGAUGAAGAGAAUGCCUAUUUUGAGGAUGAUGAGGAGGAAUCCAGCGCUAGCGACCUGCCCUACAUCCCAGCCGAGAACUCUCCGACCAGGCAGCAGAUGCAGUCUAAAGGAGGACAAGGAGGGGGAGGUGGGUCAGACAGUGACGACGACCCCCUCGAUGCUUUCAUGGCCGAGGUUGAGAACCAAGCUGCCAAAGAUAUGAAGAAACUGGAAGAGAAGGAGAAAAUUCUGGCCAAGGGUAUACGAGACGACAUCGAAGAGGAAGACGAUCACGAAGCUUACUUCCGUUACAUGGCGGAGAACCCCACAGCGGGACUGGUCCAGGAGGAAGAGGAGGAGAAUGUGGAUUAUGACAGCGAUGGGAACCCCAUUCCAUCUACCACCAAGAAGAUCAUCCUGCCACUGCCUCCUAUUGAUCACUCUGAGAUUGACUACCCACCUUUCGAGAAGAACUUCUACACAGAACACGAAGAGCUCAACAGUCUGACUGGAGUACAAGUGGUGGAACUGAGACAGAAACUCAACCUCAGGGUGUCCGGUGCAGCUCCUCCUAAGCCCUGUACCAGUUUUGCCCACUUUAACUUCGAUGAGCAGCUCAUGAAUCAGAUCCGCAAGUCCGAGUACACCCAGCCUACGCCCAUCCAGUGCCAGGGUGUCCCUAUAGCCCUGAGUGGUAGGGACAUUAUCGGCAUUGCCAAAACGGGCAGCGGAAAGACGGCUGCGUUUAUCUGGCCCAUGCUGGUGCACAUCAUGGACCAGAAAGAGCUGGAGAAGGGAGAGGGACCUAUUGCUGUGAUUGUCUGCCCUACCAGAGAGCUCUGCCAGCAGAUCCACUCGGAGUGUAAGCGCUUCGGGAAGGCCUAUGGUCUGCGCUCAGUGGCUGUGUACGGAGGGGGCAGCAUGUGGGAACAAGCCAAAACUCUACAGGACGGGGCUGAAAUUGUUGUUUGCACCCCGGGUCGUCUGAUUGAUCACAUAAAGAAGAAGGCUACCUCGCUGCAGAGAGUGACCUACCUGGUGUUUGAUGAAGCUGACCGCAUGUUUGAUAUGGGAUUCGAGUACCAGGUGAGAUCCAUCGCCAGCCAUGUCAGACCUGACAGGCAGACUCUGCUGUUUAGUGCCACGUUCAGAAAGAAGAUCGAGAGGUUGGCGCGGGACAUUCUCAUCGACCCCAUCCGCGUAGUGCAGGGAGACAUCGGAGAGGCCAACGAGGACGUGACCCAGUUGGUGGAGGUGUUACCGAGCGGCUCGGAUAAGUGGAUGUGGCUGACGCGCAGACUGGUGGGGUUUACCUCGGCGGGUUCCGUGCUCAUCUUCGUCACUAAGAAGACCAACUCUGAGGAGCUGGCCACCAACCUGCAGCAGGAGGGCCACAGCCUGGGCCUGCUACACGGAGACAUGGACCAGAGCGAGAGGAACAAGGUCAUCAGCGACUUCAAGAAGAAGAGCCUGCCCAUCCUGGUGGCCACUGACGUCGCAGCCCGUGGUUUGGAUAUUCCCUCGAUCCGUACGGUCGUGAAUUACGACGUCGCCCGGGACAUCGACACGCACACUCACCGAGUCGGCCGAACGGGUCGCGCCGGAGAGAAGGGUGUGGCCUAUACUCUGCUCACGAACAAAGACACCUCAUUCGCCGGAGACCUCGUUCGUAACUUAGAGGGAGCCAAUCAGAGUGUUCCGAAGGAGCUGAUGGAUUUAGCCAUGCAGAAUCCCUGGUUUAAGAAGUCCCGAUUUAAGAGUGGAAAAGGAAAGAAGCUGAAUAUUGGAGGUGGCGGUCUGGGCUACAGGGAGAGACCCGGGCUUGGAUCUGAAACCUCAGGUAGUUCUGUACUUGGCAACUAUGAGUCCUACAAACCUUCCACUGGAGCUAUGGGAGACCGCAUGUCUGCCAUGAAGCAAGCCUUUAAUGCUCAGUAUAAAAACCACUUUGUGGCAGCGACCAGCAUCUCUCCCAAGCUCAGCACACAGUCGAGCAGCAACGCAGGCUGGACGAGUGCAGGCAGUCUGAAUUCCAUUCCGUCAGCGGCUCCUGAAGCAGCCCAUGCACCUCCCUCCUCAGCCUCCAUGCUCCCUCCUCCUCCUCCUCCUCCUCCUCCUCCUCCUCCUCCUCCAGCCCUCAGCCCAGGCACCCAGCUGUCCGGCUUCAGCAGCUCCGGCUCUCUGAGCACCGCGUCGGACUCGUACCCCUCGUCCACCUCAUCCAGAGAGGAAACGCGUCACGACAGGGGUCACCAAGGAGACGGGCACCAUCGGUACGGCGACCGGGACCGCCACGGCGACCGGGACCGGGAUCGACACAGCGACAGGGAUCGCCACGGAGACAGGGACCGCCACGGCGACCGGGACCGGGACCGCCACGGCGACCGGGACCGGGAUCGUUACGGCGACCGGGACAGGGAUCGUCACCGUGACGGUCGCAACGGCGAGGGCAGCCGGCGGGACAGAGACGAUCACAGGGGGGACAGGGAGAGCGGGGACAGGGGCGGGUCACACAGAGGGAGCGGGGACAGCUUUGCCGUUCCAGAUCCGCCGAAGCGAAAGAAGAGCAGGUGGGACAGUUAGAGCCGUACACACAGGCCUGAGAUCAGUCAGUCCGGCUGAAAACUACAAAACAGGAAGGACAUUUAGGGGUGGGAAAUCCACGUGUUAUUGUUAGUGUGGUCCUGGCCAGUCUGUCUGUCGGGGAGGUUCUUCAUGUUGUGAACGAGAGAGAAGAGGAACCUGUAGGAAGAUCUUCUCUCUGACCAUACGUGUGUAAAUGCAUCUUUUUGGUGGGUGAUACUAAAUCAUGGUUUUGUGUCAGAUAUUUAUAGAGGAGUGUUUUUAGGGAAUCGUUUUCUUUUUAUUUACUUUUAUGAUUUCAUCAAAAUGUUUGCUUUGCGUUGUCAGUUCGGCUGAGAACAGUUUCUCUUAUUAAAAAAAACAGUAGAUGUGAUUGGUCGUUGAGGCAGAUUGUUUGUCAGUGAUGUAAAGGUUUAGGAUUUUGCUCUCGAUUGUAGUACUCGCUGUUACGAUCUCGGACUCGGUUAUGCAGUUUUUAUCCUUUCCUCAUGUCACUGUGUGUUUUUUGCUUUUUUUUAAACAAAAGAAAAUCGGUUAAUACAACUA